UAGCAGCCCUGGCCAUGGUCAAGACAUUUUUCCCUCAUUGGCUCUAGUAGCCUUGGAGCGGUUUCCACGCAACUGUUCGGAGUGAAGCUGUUCAGUCUCCCAGAGGAGGAGGACUAGCUCAAGUCAAGAUACCCAUUUAUAUGAGGCUUUUGCAAUCUCAAGUAAAAAUGCAACCCACGAGGCAGACGACGGGGGAAGCGUGAACGUGUGACAUCUGGCGGAGUUGCGCGGGCGCAUCAGAACCCCCUUGCGUCUAUUUUGUGCCACGGAUAAGCGUGCGCUCCCCAUUUCCAGCAGCCGCAGUAGCCGAGCGCCUCUUCUCACUUUCACUUCAUGGCUCAGCGCUCCGAUCUUUACGCCCCGCUCGCGCUACUGGUGUUUGGCCUCGUCGGCAUCCUCCUCCUCACGAUUCCCAGCGAGAACGUCCAGGAGGCGCCGGAGUUCAUGUAUGGCAUCGUCCUGGAUGCUGGAUCGUCACACACAGCUUUGUAUAUCUAUAAGUGGCCUGGAGAUAAGCAAAAUGGCACCGGCGUAGUCACCCAGCAUAGUCACUGUCACGUGAAAGGUGGCGGAAUCUCUAGCUAUGCAGAUCAAAAGGGGAAGGCAGGGCAGAGCUUACAGGCAUGUCUGGAUCAGGCAUUGAAAGAUAUACCCAAAGACCGACACAAAAUGACACCUGUGUACCUUGGAGCCACCGCUGGCAUGAGACUUCUGAAUGGACAAGAGGAGGGAGCAUAUGGUUGGGUCACUGUUAACUAUCUUUUAGAGAACUUCAUUAAGUAUGGCUUUGUGGGGCACUGGUUAAGCCCCAACAGACCAACAGUGGGAGCGCUGGAUUUUGGUGGGGCGUCCACGCAGAUAACGUUUGCCACUCAGGAGCCAAUAGAACAUGAAGAAGACAUAAUGAAGCUGCGUCUUUAUGGUCAAGAUUACUCUCUGUAUACACACAGCUUCCUGUGCUAUGGGAAAGACCAAUUUCUCAAGAGGCUGUUGGCCCAUCUCAUCAAGUCUCAAGGUUACUCCCAGUCAGUCACUCAUCCCUGCUAUCCGGCGGAUUACAGCAAGGAAUUGGAAAUGGACAGUGUAUUCGGCUCACCGUGCACAGCACAGAACAGGCCCAGCUCCUACAAACCUGACGCGCAUAUCACAGUACAAGGCAGCGGACAUUUUGAGCACUGUCUAGGGAAUGUAUCGGAGAUGUUCUCCUUUGACAUCUGCCCCUACGCACAGUGCUCAUUUAACAAAGUCUUCCAACCAAGUAUCACCGGUGGAUUCAUGGCGUUCUCUGCAUUCUUCUACAUUCACUCCUUCCUGAAGCAAAUCACUGGGAUCACUGUGAGCACUCCACAACAGCUGGAGGAAGCAUCCAAAUCAGUGUGCAGCUUGAGUUUCAGUCACAUGAUGCUUCAGGCUCCAGAUCAAAAGUCUCGUUUGCAGGACUACUGCGCUUCGUCCGUGUUUGUCAUGACUCUUCUGUUGAGAGGCUACGGCUUCAAUGACACAUCGUUCACAGACAUUUCCUUCCAGGAAAAGGCUGGGGGCACCUCCAUGGGUUGGGCUCUGGGCUACAUGCUGAGUUUGAGCAAUCUACUACCUGAGGAAAAAGUGGGGCUGAGGAGGGCCUUGACCCCAGGGGCAUGGGGGACGCUGAUUGUUCUGUUUGUCAUGGUUCUCGCUACAACACCAGUCCUUGUUUUGUUUCAGAUCCAAAAACGUAGGAAAAAACACGGUGGGGAGGAUACCAUCUAAUAAUAAUUCUUCAAAUGUCCUCGGUAUAGUUAGAAAAGGACAAAACAUGAUUAUGUUGUGACUAGUUUGAAUGUUUUUAAUCUGAACUGAACCUCACUGAAAUGUCUUAAAGUGCAGCAUUUCAAAAUAUUCAUUUAAAAUGAAUUUCUUACUUGACAUUUUUUCUGCUUGAAGUUUGUCAAUUAACUGUUCUGUGUCAUAGACACCAUAGAUUUGAGUGGAUUAUUGCUUGAAGCUCACCAAUGUAACUUAAAGCGUGUGUAAAUCUUCAGCUUGUCUGGGUUUCUGAAACCAUGCUGUUAUCAGAAAGGGGAAAGACAGUUUUUUCUAUCGUGCUGAAGAAGUGACCCCUUAUGUAGAAAAAUUGUCUACGACCAAAUAAAUGCAGUUUAACACUCCCCCUGGUGGCAAUAAAUACACAGCCAUGGUCUGAUAUUUUUUCUCUUCUUUCACUUUUUUAUUCUUGAGAAAUCAACGUACUUUGUGUUUUUUAUGUUUGUUUGUUUUAUCUUUUUAUGGAACAAAGACUAGUUGAACUCUAUAAGAUUAAAUUUCAGUAGUUGAAGAACGACCAGUUUAUUAUAUUAGUAUAGGUUUGUUUUUCAGUCGAUCCCUGUUGCUGUAAGUAAUUAGCACUUUGUCUUGGUAAAGCACUUUUAUAUCUCAACAUUUGUCAUCACAAAGUCUCUGGGUACAUUUGAGUAUAGUGUAUUUGUCUGUUGAAAAAUAUUGACUGGCUAAUUAUGAAAAUAAAAGAUUAAUAAAAGUUAUACAAUAUCUUUAAUAUACAUAAUUGUAAUUCUUAGUACUGUUUAAUUGGGACCCCUUUAGGGAAUAAGCGGUUACAAAAAUAGAUGGAUGGAUGUUUAAUUGGGAUUAUUUAGAAUCAAAAUUAAUUUAACUUUUGGUUCACAGAGUCUCACAUAUCUCUGUGCUGUAAAGCUAACAGUAGUAUAGUAAAUAAUAAAAUCCAUGUCAUCAGUUGUUUGUUGUAUAUGAAAUUGUUUUUUAGUCAUAUCCAUUAAUUUUCUACACUGGACCAAAACAUCACAGGACCAAACGGAGACGAACAAGAUAGACAGGAAUGCACUCACACUUACGCCCUAUUCAGACUACUAAGAAUCCUAACGUGAGCGUUUUUUGACAGUUGGAAGAAGUUUGUGUCCGUGGUGAGGUGCAUAAAAUGGCAUCCUGUUCCACAUAACAUAUGUUAAAGCAGGGUGAAACAACGUUGUAUUCAUCCCACGGAGCUAAGGGUCUUAGGAUACAACAUUUGGCCUAAAAAUGGGAGACAUCUUCAGUUCUCUUAUGGCCAACAUUUGACUUUGAGUGACAAAAAAACAAACAAGUAAACUUUACUGCCCAAGGCCUGUUUGAAAUUUUGGACACAUUCUAUCACAUGUUGUAACCCGAAUUUAGGCCAGGUUCUUAAACUCUGGUUCAAAACUGGCAAAAGUAAGUAAGUAAUAAGUAAUAAGUCUGAAGUACCAAAAACUGUGUCAUGUGAUAUGCAUUAAUUAUUUUUCCACUGCAUAUAUUAUAUGUAUUCUAUUACUGCUACUGCAUGUCUGGUUGGAUGCAAUCUGCAUUUCCUUUUUUGUGCACAAUAAAAUCUGAUCUAA